AUGAAGGUCCUAGAGAGAAACUACAGUGUUGCGAACAUAGCUCAAUUGGUGGAUACCACAAGUAUCAUCUUCGGGUUCACUCUUUUACACCUUGCCUAUGUAUUUGGUCUCGUAUUUUACCGUUUGUAUCUGCACCCUCUAGCCAAGUUUCCCGGUUACAAGAUCUGCGCCGCAAGCGAGUGGUAUGAGUUUUACUGCUACAUCCUCAAGGGUGGGCAAUGGGGAAAUGAAAUCCAGAAGAUGCACCAAAGAUACGGCCCCAUUGUGCGCACUAGCCCUUGGGAGCUCUCUAUCCGCGACCCAGACUUUUACGACCAACUCUAUGUGACCGCUUCAACUCGAAAGACGGACAUGUGGCCAAGAGGUCGAGAGGGAAAUGGAUUUGACGACUCCCACCACCUAUCAGUUGCUCAUGACCUUCACCGAAAGAGAAGAAAGCACCUUGAGCCAUUUUUCUCUCGCCAAGGCAUCACUCGCAUUGAAGACCAGAUUGCUGAGCACGUCAUGAAAAUGGACAACAGGCUCGUGGGUCUCUCAGGAUCGGGUUCGAUCAUCCCGCUGGACCAUGUUCUCUGCGCCCUCACAGGCGAUGUUAUUGGGCAAGUCUCUAGUGGAACCCAAGCUGGUUUGCUUGACGACACAGACUUCGUUCCGGCGUGGAAGGAUCUAAUGAUCAAGGCAACCAGCAUUGCUCCCCUCUUUCGCUGCUUUCCAUGGAUUAACAAGCUUCUUCAGUCCCUUCCUGCUUCUGUCAUGAACAGCGUUUACCCCAAGGGUAUCGCCAACAUGAUGCUAGGUGAAACAGGCCAACGGAACAUUGAACGAAUUAAGCUCGAGAUUGCUUCUACCGACAAAGACAUGUCCGGCGUCUCGGUGUUCCAUCACCUCCUUUCGUCCGACAUUCCCGAAUCCGAGAAGUCAACCAAUCGCCUGCGGGCCGAGUCGAUGGUCCUGCUACUCGCGGGAACGCUGGCAGGAGCGCACACGCUGACCUUCGUCGUCUUCUACGUUCUACAAAAUCCCGAUAUCGAGGCGCGCUUGAGGGCCGAGCUCGAGCCCCUCUUCAUGGACUACCCUAACAGGAUGCCACGCUGGGCAGAGCUGGAGAAGCUGCCGUAUCUCCGAGGCUGCAUCAAAGAGGCACUCCGCCUGAACGGUCUUGUCGGAAAUCUUGCGCGAUGCUCACCGGACGAAGAAAUUCGUUUUAAUCAAUGGACUAUUCCAAAGAGGGUGCGUGAAGCCUAUGUCCCGUUCAGCUGA